AUGUCCCAAGAGAUCCAAGUAUUUAUAAAGGCCUCAGGUAACCAAGAAUACGAGCUUACCGUGGAUCCUUCCAUAACUGUCGAAGAGUUCAAAGGAAAGAUUGCCGAGGUAUCUGAUAUUCCUGCAGACCGUCAGAGACUGAUCUAUUCUGGUAGAGCUCUUAAGGAUGCAGACACUCUCAACUUUUACAAAGUCCAGUCUGGUCAUACCAUCCACUUGGUGAAAAGCGCCCCUAAGAAUGAUGGUGGAUCAGCCUCGGUGGCGAAUGCUAAUAACUCCACAUCAACAUCUACUGGUGCUGCUAACAAUACAAGCUCUGCACCUUCAAACAUAGCUGCUGGUCAAGGUGCAUUUAAUCCUCUAGCUGGACUUACUGGAGCAAGGUAUGCCGGGAUGGAUGUCCCAAUGCCAAGUGCUUCCAUGUUUGGUCCAGAUGGAGGUAUGGGCCCCAUGCCUGAUGAAAACCAAAUAGCAGAAAUGAUGGAAUCUCCCAUGGUGCAAGAAAGUAUGAGGAACAUGCUUUCAGAUCCUCAGAUGGUUGAGUUUAUGAUACAACAAUCUCCGCAGCUACAGCAGUUGGGUCCGUAUGCUAGAGAAAUGUUACAGAGCGAACAAUUUAGGCAGAUGAUGACUAAUCCACAACUGAUGAGGCAGAUGUCAUCCAUGAGGCACAUGUUUGGUGGUGCUGAAGCUGGAGCUGCCUCAUUUCCUGCUCCAGGUGCCAAUCCAACUUUGGAAAGAAAUACAUCGGAGAAUAAUGCAGGCUCUGCAACUGAUUCUGAAGCAAAUGCUGCACCAACAAAUGACAACACUAACAACAACAACAGCACCACGACUAAUGCGACAGGCAUAAACCCAUUCUCUGCCCUACUUAACUCUUCGAAUCCUUAUGCAGCCAUGUUGAACCAAUCUGGAGGCAAUGCGCCUCCAUUGCCUAAUACCGGAAACAUGCAGUUGUUUAAUUCUCUGUUUUCUGGGGGAGCUGCGCCACCUGCUGAAACAGAUACCCGACCACCAGAGGAAAGAUACGAGACUCAACUCCGUCAAUUGAAUGACAUGGGGUUCACUGAUUUUGAGAGUAAUGUUGCUGCAUUGAGACGUGCCGGUGGAUCAGUACAAGGUGCUGUCAAUAACCUGUUGAAUGGUAGUUAG